GUGCGCAGACCAAAGUGGUUGUCACCAUGGAGCAUUCGGCCAAGGGCAAUGUCCAUAAAAUCUUGGAAAAAUGCAGUUUACCACUUACUGGGAAACAAUGUGUGAACCGCAUCAUUACAGAGAAGGCUGUGUUUGAUGUGGACAAGAAGAAGGGAUUGACCCUUGUGGAAAUCUGGGAAGGACUGACAGUGGAUGAUAUCAAGAAAAGCACUGGGUGUGACUUCACAGUUUCGCCAAAACUAAUACCAAUGAGGCAGAUUUAAAUGUGAAAUACAGACUGGGUUAACUUGCCAGAAGGCUUGUUUCCAAAUGGGAGCUGAGUGAAGAGAAAUCGAUGACUGUUUUGCAAUUUGUCUUUUCUUUUUUUCUUUUUCCUCUUUUUUUUUUUUCUUAAGGGCUUUGUAAGUAGUUUCCAGAUAGUUAAACUCAGGCUGUGAAUAUCAGUCUAAAUUGUAUUUUACUUUUAUAACAUUACCAAUUUAAUGGAAGGGUGAAUUUAUUCCCUAAAUUUUGAAUAAUGUUAUACUAAAAUGUUAAUGAACAUUGUCAAAAAAAAUGCCUUGUAGUCUCUCUGCCAAAUACUACAUUUUUUACGCAGAAUCAGAAAAUGACCAUGCAAAACU